GAGCCCUACCACUACACUGCCUGGCCAGGCAGUAGAGGAAUGGUGUUAUGCAGUUUAUUUCCAUCUCCCUCUAAGAAUGCGUGUACCUGAGCGGGACUUCUCACUGGCAACUGUUUUGUGGUUGGGACAGAGGGCUGGGGUGAGCCGAACGGGGUACUCAGACUGGAUCAAGUUCAGUGGGCGCGUCUUCGAGUGGGAUGUCUCGUUUAAUAGGACUAUCUUAACUUCUCACUGGCUACGUCUUUAGGUGACGUAGCUUAGAAGGAAAAUCAAAUGUUUCCCAUGAGUCUUUAGAGCUCCGAUUGUCCCGGUAGAUGCUCCAUGUGUCAUUACGAAUUUGAAAUUUUGAUUCAGGAUAAAAAAACUGACCAUGUCCCAGGAGAAGCCAGUUGAUGGCAGCCAGACCCAGACCCAGUCGCAGCCCCAGACCCAGUCGCAGAGUGGCUCCAGUUCUUCCUCUGCUCCAGGCUCCAGCAGCCAGUCAUCCUCUGGGUCGGGGACAUUCAGCUCAGUGGACACCAUCCCAGUGAAGGACCUGGGCUCCAUACCAGAGGAGCCUGAGCAACAGCCCUGGGGUCGUCUGCUGCCCAUGCAGAGAGGCUUCAGAGCCCAUGACUGCAUUGAGGAUGAUGCUUGGUUUGGCCGGGACAGUAAAUGUAAUCAUUGUUUUGAUGACCCCAUCCUGAAGAAAUCACCCAGAUUUGCGACAUACAGCAAAAAACAUUUCCGGAUAUUUAGAGAGCAGAAUAAUGUCUAUGUAUUUGACAACAGUGGCAAUGGCACGUUUGUUGACGGUAAAAUUAUUGGGAAAGGAAAAACUUUACCACUAGCAAACAAUGCAGUGUUGUCCCUUGCUGAGGAACAUCACAAAGUGUUUGUGUUCAUUGAUCUCAUGGUGGAUGAACAGUCCAACCUCCCCAAAGAGUUCAGUGAUAAAUACCUGAUCACCAGAAAGAUUGGCGCUGGUGUGUGUGGGGAAGUGAAGCUGGCCUUUGAGAGGGAAACUUGCAAAAAGGUGGCUGUGAAGACCAUUAACAAGAAGGAUUUUCCAGCAUCUAUUGGUACUGCCACGCGUAAUGCAGAACGCGAGAUCAAGAUCCUCCAAAAGAUUGACCAUCCAUGUCUGAUCAAAACAGAAGAUUUCUUCCAAACCGAUGACUCCUACUACAUUGUUUUAGAGCUCAUGGAAGGUGGAGAACUCUUUGACAGAGUCAAAAGCAAGCAUCAGAUUGAGGAGCCAAUUGCCAAGCUCUAUUUUUACCAGAUGUUAAAAGCAGUAGAGUACCUUCACGACAAUGGCAUCAUCCACAGGGACCUUAAACCUGAAAAUGUGUUGCUUUCAUCUCACGAUGAUGUCUGUGUCAUUAAGAUCACAGAUUUCAAUCAGUCCAAGAUAUUGGAGGAGUCUUCCCUAAUGAGGACCCUUUGUGGAACACCCACAUACCUGGCACCUGAGGUUUUCACUGACGCCAUCACCGUGGGCUACAGCAGGGCUGUAGAUGCCUGGAGUUUAGGGGUUGUCCUGUUUGUGUGCUUGUCUGGCUACCCCCCAUUCCACCCCAAUGCACGAACAGGGUUGUCUGUCAGGGAUCAGAUCAUUCAAGGGAUUUAUACGUUCAUUCCAAGCAAAUGGGAUAACAUCUCCGAUGACGCCAAAGAUAUAGUGAAGAGGCUCCUUCUUGUUGACCCCAAGGCCCGUCUCACUAUUGAGGAGGCCUUGCAGCAUCCUUGGCUAAUGGAUGAUGCCAUGAGGAAGACGGCUAAAAGCAUCAUGUACCCUAAGGUUUCUGGAGAUGCCAAAAGAUCACGAGAAGACGAUGACGACAAUGAGCAGCCGCCAGCGAAGAAGCCAGGCACAUCCAAAAAGGCAACAUGAGUCACGGUCCUCCCAUCAGUUUUCCAAUUAGGCCUACAGCACAUCUACCACUACAGUAUCUUCUAUAACAUUUCAUUGGGUGCAUUUACAUGCGUGCUGAUUAAGAUCUUAAAGGGAUGUUAGGGUUUCUUUAUACAAUUCCUGUAAAUAAAUGUUUUAUGCAUUUGCAUGAAUUUUAAACAAGUUGCUAUUUUGUUUUUCUGCACGUAUGUUAAAAAAAUCUUAUUUACAGCAAUGACCAAUUAGUGUUUAGUGUCUUACUCAGGGACAGCUUUUAACAUGAGUGUCUAAGAGGUGCACCACCUUCCAUCUCAAUGGUGCAGGUACAUGUAGGUCUCUAGAGCCCAAAUCCAGAACUUUUCCUUUAAACAGAUUAUGGAAGUAAGCAUAAGUGAAACGUUCACGCUGAUUAAAACACCUGGUUUUCUGAGUAAUCUUUUGAACCAUCACAUUACUGUGUAAUGUUACAUAUAACCAUGCCCAUAUUGUCCCUGCUCAAGAUGUUGGAAACUUGAUAUGUAAUUGAUUACUGUUGUUUUAACUGAUGUGCUUUGUCUACUAGAUUUGUAAAUUAUUUUUGUACAGCUAAUGUUGAAUAAACAAACGUUUUUCACUGUG